UAGCUAUUCUACAGAGGCUGUGGAUUUUGAAAGUGCACAUCACUUGCAUCCAGUGUACGACUCACCAAGGAUGUCACGACGCAGAUUGCGUCCUGUUAGCACAGAGUAUUAUUCUGCAGAGAGUAUGCACAAUGAGAGCAUUGGCAGCAACCAUUCUUUCACUGGAAGUGUCUUGUCCUAUAAGGAACUGUCAUCAAGAGGCACAAAACAGCAGCAACAUAAACACUCAAGUGCAAGCAAGCAAACUGUUUCUGUAUCUCAUACUCCAAGAAAAGCCAAGAGUGAGUCCUCUGUGUCUAGUCAGAGCAGUAUCCUCUGUUGUGGGACUGACACAUCGAUCUUGUCCACGGUACUGGACGAGUCUUCGAUUCGAGAAAGAACAGAGUUGGGCCAUUUCUGGGGUCUAGAUGAUGAGGAUGGAGAUGUCAAAGGAGGAAGUACAACUUUUCUCCAAGCAAAUGGGGACAUAGUAUCAGGGGGAAUGCAGACAGCCAUAUUUAAUGGUUACACUUGUAAUGACUGCAGCAUCCUUUCUGAACGAAAAGAUGUUCUCACUGCAUACUGUCCCUCCCAUGCACCCUCUUCAACUGUGUAUUCCAGGAGCAGAAACAAGAAAGACAAGUCAAGAGUGCAGUUAUUCAUGAAUCAUACAGUCCACAUGACAAAAUAUGUUGUGUCAACUGCAGUCGCAUGGUUUUUACAACUUUUUCAAACACUUUUGUUGAAGACUGGUUUUUACUCCAAAGCCCAUUCAAGUUACUGUGGAAGAAUGAAUGUAAAAGAGUUGAUUACUGGGGAUGGACACCUGAAUAUAAAUGGGGAAUCUUUGUGUGAUGACUGUAAGGGGAUGAAACACGAUACAUAUAAAUCCACUGAGGUGGGGUCCGCAAAGUACACGAAGUUUACACAAGUCACGCGGACCAUCUGGCUGGUCAUUGCUUAUGCAGGCUCUUUGUUGCUGCAAGUGAUGCAGGCUGCUGGUGCUGUUGCCUGGUUUGUAUCCAGGAAGGUCUUAUCUAUUCUGUGGUUGGCCAUUGUAUCUCCAGGAAAGGCUGCUUCUGGAGCUUUCUGGUGGCUUGGGACUGGAUGGUACCAGCUAAUCACUUUAAUGUCCCUCCUUGAUGUAUUUUUGCUCACAAGGUGUCUACCCAGAUUGUUCAGAUGGUUAUUCCUGUUGAUCCCAUUUCUCCUUUUAUUUGUUGGUCUCUGGUACUUGGGUCCAGCAGGCUUGUGGUCACUAUUGCCAGUCUUCAAUGGGACUGCAGUACAGCGUUCAAAAGAAACUGUACCAACUGUCCAAACAAAUGGGGAGACUCCUGGUUCACUGCCACUUCCACGGAGUACUGGGCAUCCAUUCGAUUGGAGUCGUGUGACAGAGUUGGAAAAGCAGGUUAUUGUACUUAAUGACCAGUGUUCUCAGAGCUCCCUUGCUUCAGACCAGCGUUAUAAUCAGCUUGCCAGUUUGUUACAGAAACUGCAAGAAAAGGUGGAGAAGAUGAACGAUGAAGCACUCGUGGUCCUUACCAGAAAAUUAAUCAGCCAGCACUCUCAUAUGCAACAAAAAGAAGUGAAACCGGAAGGAACUGAUCAUCUCCAGGAAGUUUACAAAGAGGUUGAAACUGCAAAGACGAACACUCUGAGCAAUAAAAAUGAAGAACAGUACCAGCACCUCAUGACUGAACUCCAGAGACUGGAUAUGGAAUUGUCCACAGUCAAAUCAGAAUUGUCAAGCAUGCAGGAACUGAAGACAUCUUGUGCAAAAAUAGACGGGUUACAAGGAAGUGUUGACAAUCGGGUCAGAGAAUUGGUCAAUUUGCUGAUUUUUGGAACCAGACAAACUUCAAACGCGUCUUUCAAGGACUGGCUGUUCUCCCAGUUUGCCAGCCAAACUGAACUCCAGAUCCUAUUAAAAGAUUUGGAAAUGAAAAUCCUGAAAAAUCUCUCCCAACAUUGGAUUGAAACAAAAAAGCUGCCAGAUGCACAAGUAGCUGCAUGUGCAGUCACUAAUGCUGGGUUAAGUGGCAUUUCAGAGGAGCAAGUGCAUAUCAUUGUGAACAACGCUUUGAAACUGUACAAUGAAGAUAAAACUGGAAUGGUGGAUUUUGCUUUGGAAUCUGGAGGUGGUAGCAUCUUGAGCACUCGUUGUUCUGAAACCUAUGAAACUGCAACAGCUGUGAUGAGUCUCUUUGGAAUUCCACUUUGGUAUUUCUCGCAAUCUCCUAGAGUGGUAAUUCAGCCAGAUGUUUACCCUGGAAACUGCUGGGCAUUCAAAGGAUCCCAGGGAUAUCUGGUUAUUCGCCUUUCUGUGGAGAUUUAUCCUUCAGCUUUCACCUUGGAGCAUGUACCAAAGUCUCUCUCUCCAGCAGGCAAUAUUAGCAGUGCUCCAAAGGACUUCAGUGUUUACGGUCUUGAUGAUGAGUACCAAGAAGAAGGUGCAAAUUUUGGCACAUACACAUACAACCAAGAUGGAGAAGCGAUACAGACUUUCCUUGUCAGGAAUGAAAGCUUGAAAAGCUACCAAAUAGUUGAACUCCGGAUAUUCUCCAACUGGGGUCACCCAGAGUACACUUGUCUCUACCGGUUCAGAGUGCACGGCAACCCUAGAAAACAAUGAAUCAUGGACUGUACUAAUAUUGUAAAAAUUGUAAAUACUGGAAGAACUGGGAAUAAUUCUGGACACUGGAAUUUGUUCUUAGAUUGUGGCAUGAAUAACGUACUGCUGAAUUGCCUACUAUCAGAUGCUUUAAGAACACUGCCUACUGAUUGGUUAAUGGCUUUCUCAUGGUUUUUAGAGAACCUUUUGUCUUGUUUUUAUUUUGGUAAAUGUCUGGUGUUUGUUUUGCACAACAAGAAUACUGACUGCCUUUCCACUUGGAAAAAAUGGAAAGAAAUUGAUGUACAGACUAUUUUAUUGGAUAUUGGAUAAUGUUUAUUUGUAUAUUGCACAACAGUCCUCAUAUUGUAAAGAGAAUACUUCAAAAUAUAAGCUUAUAUUAACCGAUAUAAUCCAUAUAUUUAAAUAUUGACAUUAAACCUGUGGCCUGUGUAGAAAGAAUACGAAUAUGAAAUGCACUCAUAUUUCAAACUAUGAUAUAAAACAAAACAAGGCAUAUUUCCUCCUGUAAAGCAAAAUUAGGGAUUUUGGGGAAGGGACUUUGUGAAUAACUAUUUAUUUUUCAAGAGUAACAUAGGACUUUGUGCAAUGUAUUUUUGUAAAUUUUUCACGCUGUCUUGAAGUGUUUUUAUUUCCUUGGAUGUUACAGAAUUGGACAAAGCUAUUCAGAUGUUUAAAUAAAGAAUUUAAUUUUU